AUGAGGAGGGACAGCAGGCAUUGCAUCUCAGUAAUGUUACCUUGGGAUAAGGGAAGGCCAGCUACUAGCCUAUCCAGUCAAAUAAGGGCAGGGGUUGCACACCUGGUGUGUCCAGCUGCCUUUACACUUAAGGAGCCCCACCAGUUCCAACAGUCGUCCUCCCACCAGCCCAAUAUCCCUGUCUACCUCGUGCGCGCUCACCCCACUGUUGCAAUGUCCGGCUACACUGUCAACCACUACUUGAUAUCCUCGGGAUCACAGGCAACCCUUUUGUCACAAUCAGACACUCCCGGUGACUCAACGCCUUAUUCUACUUCGGAAGGGCAGCGUGGGUACCUAGAAGGGUUGGCCUCCAGGUACGCGGACCUGUACAACACUCACUACCGGGACGUCCUAGACCACCUGGACGAACUGAGGAGGCGAGAGUGGGCGGAAUUGUCCCCCAGGAUACGUAUCCUCGGGACCCCCACCACUCCUCCAGGACCUGCCCCCUCCACCCCGCUCACUAGGGUACCCCUAACCACCUCUCACUCCCAACCUAUCUACGUGCCUGGCAAAUAUUCGCCGUCCAGCUGUCUCACUGACAAGGAGGAAGAUGAGAUCUACGGGUUCGCCGGCUACGGAGUUUACGGCAAGCAGAUGCUUCAGCGGCAGCAGCAACAGGCCAAACUAGUCAUCACUCCUAGGCAGAACUACCAGAACUGCUUGAGCCCGAGAUCAGCGUAUUUUUAUGAAUUCCCUCCCAAUGAACGAACAGGUAAAAAGAGAACGAGCUUUUCGAGGUUUCUGAGGCAUUUAACAACACACAGAAAAGAGAAAUCUUCAUCACCAAGGUUACCUGCAAGUAGGGGCGGAACCCCCGAUAAUCUGGACACUCCCCCCACCCUGCUGCCGCCCAUGGAUUACGAUCGGCUCAGGUACCUCCAGAAGGCUCAGAGUUCAUCCAACACCUUCGAGGAGACGAUACACAGACUAAAAGUUCAAGAAGCCCUCAAGAAGAAAGAACGUUUUGACCGAGAACACGAAGAGAUCCUGCGGGAUAUCCGGCAAGGGCUGCUGCAACUGGGGCGCGGGAGGUCUGCCGACGACACCUACAUGUACGACGACGAGAUGCAGAGGUUAGGACAGCACUGGUAUGACGAGCCACCCUACGAGAGCGACCCGGAGGACUUCCUCAUGGCUGAGACUGCCAACAAUAGCAGGGUAUGUUUCACGUUGAAUGUCCGCACGGACGGCCGCAACACGGGGGAGAGUGCGGUGAUCUCUCUUCGUAGCGCUGGAGACAUCUCGCUCCCUCACCACCAGAGGGGGCUGCUGCUACCUCAAUCCGGUCCGUUUCCGCCAACUCUGAUACCUUUAACACACGCAAGAAACAACCGUGAGAGCGGGGACUACGCCGCUUCUGAUGUCCAGAGCGUCUGUUCCAGACUGUCAUCUCUGUCGAUGGAAACAAGUCGAUCCGAAACUACUGAUCAUUACCAGAGGUUAAGAAACUACAAUGGAGGGGAAUCAGCUGUUUCUCCAGGCCACAGCUCUGACUAUGCUGAGCAAGACGAGCUCGUCACUGUCCAUUCUUCGUUUGGGAACAGUUCCGUUGCGCACAGAGUAAGAGGGCUAAAGGGAGAGGGAGUCACAGGAAAGGUGAUCUCGUCCAGGCACCAUCACCAUCACUAUCACCAGCACCAACGGUCGCCAGAUCACCUCCAUCAUCACCAGCCGCGAUCACCUGAACAUCACCAGCCACACCACAGCUCCGCUGAGAGCCUUCCCAGUGGUUCUAGCACUCAAGCACUGGUUCCACCGUCAUCCAACCACAGCUCCGAAGAAGGGGUCAGCCCCUCUGAUAAGCAGCCCAACGUGAUAGCUCGUGCCCGAGCUCUAGUAGACUACACCCCCAGCCCUUACGACAAGGACAUUCUUAAGUUCAAGAAAGGAGAUAUUAUUGAGGUACUGUCGAUGAACGCCAGCGGCUUGUGGAGGGGCAGAGCUCACGGAAGAGUAGGCAAUUUUAAGUUCAUCAAUGUGGAACUGUUGAACGAGUCAUCCCUGAGGCCUCGGCCGUGCAGACACCGACCUCAGACACUAGAGCAGAUGCUAAGGACCAUACACAUGGAGGACCACAUGUCCUUGUUUGUCUUGAAUGGUUACGAGGACUUGGACGCAUUCUGCGACAUCGAAGAAAAGGACUUGGAUUAUCUCGGCAUCCAUGAUUUACAACAACGUGCCAAAAUACUGGCCGCCGUACAAGUCCUUAACGAAUAUGAAUCCCCUGACGAAUGUACCAGCAGCGCAGACGAAGGCCAGAACUCUCAGUCGGGUCUGGUAGACGGCGAACUGCCGGGGAACAACCUCGGCAGCUCCGAUACAAGCCCGCCUGCCAUCAGCUGUAAGGAGGCUGCGCAGAUCAUGCAGCAAACUUAUCUACCCAACAUCCCGCUGAAUCGACCUGGUCACACCCUGGAGAUGAACGUGUUCAGCGACAAGACCGCGAGCGACACGGUGGUCGAGAAGGUCGGAGUCGUCAAGUAUAUCGGGGCCGACCUCGCCUGCGAGAGUGGCAACCCCCAGAACCGCAACUGUUCCACGCUCAGCGAGAAGUCCAGUGACUCCGGGGUAAGUUCUAGCUCUCUGUCCUCGUCCAAUCAUAACGCCUCCAGGAACAAGCAGCGCAGGAGCGGCAGCAAGGCCACUCUGAUCGAGAGCCCCACACGCAGUUACGUCGGCCACUAUGUUUCUGAGAGGAAAGAUUGAUGAAAUUUUGUCAGAUACGUUUACAGGAAGAUCGUUAGGAACUUGUUUGUUCCCAGAAGGUGUUUUCCUCGUUUCAAAAAGCAGUUCUUUCGUUGUAAAAUCUAAUAUUUUCUCUUAACGAUCAAUGCACGAUUGUUACUUUUUCGGACUUUUGUAUAAGAGACUUCAGAAGAAUCCAUAAGGUAUUAGGCUGAUUUUAAUUUUGUGUUUUGUUAUAAUAACCUUUUUAAUUUUCGGUCAUCUGUUUUGUCCACAGAUGACUUUUCAACUUAACGACAAAGCGCCUAUUCCAGUCGGAAAAUCUUAACACCGGUUUGAGAAGCUUUUAAAACAAGACAUGUCUUUCGUCGUCUGUUUGGACAGUACUGAAAUGUUGUAAUGCUAAAGUCAAGUAAAUUGAAUUUUUAAUCCUGAAACUUCAUGAUUAAAUUUUUAUUUUCUAUUUCUGUAGACAAUGUAUUGUUUUGUCAAGUAAGAUACACUCUACAUCUACCUUUCGAUGAAUUAAAGGUUUGUAGACGAACAAGGCAUAAAACGUAUGAAAACUUAUUUAAUGGAUUUAGGAAACAAAACAAUUCCCAAACCAAGGAGGUAAUCUUAGUUCUUGAAAAAUGUACGUUAUCUUAAAGCCUUAGGACAAACCAAAACCUAAAGUUUGUUUGAUUUUAUUGAUCUGUAUUUUUAAUUAAGUAGUCCUUGAAAGGUUUACUUGUUACAGACAUGUUUUAGUUGUAUUAAGAUAAUUUCUUAAUUAUAAAUUAGUAUCUGUAAAUUAUUGUAAAGUUGUAUUAGUCUAAUAUUCGAACUGUCCAAAAAGUCAUAUUUACUACCUAACAUGUAAAAUUUGUGACAUAAAACGUUAUUGUUAGUUAAAUUGUGCAAAAGUGAUACUUCAACUAGAAAAAUUAAUUUUCCUUGUUAUUAGUAUAUAUGUAAGGUUAUUGAGAAAAGUAGUGUUUUAAAAUUUUGUAUAGUAUCUAUUAUUAAGAUAUAUUAUUUAUAUAAUUUAGUUAGGAAAAUUUUUGUAAAUUUAAGGAAAUACAGUAGUUUCAUUUUAGUAAAUCCACACCAAAGUGAUCCAAGAAUAUGUUAAUUAUUUAUUAUAGUUAACGUUAGUAUUUAUUAUUUUUGUAGAAUAAGAAUAUCUUGUUUUGUAAGUAAACUUACCAAAGUAAAAAAUUGAGUACGUGUGGUAAAAAUAAAAUCUGUAAAAGAAGUCAUCAUUAUACAAUAGAAUAAUCCAUAACGAUAUUAAAUUAUUGCAUUUAAAUAAGAAUUGUAUUACAAUUUCAAUACAAGAAGUUUUUUAAUAUUGAAACGGUCAUUGUUGUUUUUAUUAGGUUGUUGUAUGAUAUAACACAAAUUCUACUCUUAAAUUUUUUUACUUGAAACAUUUUUCUCGAUACGUCUGACCGUUUGUUUUUCUUGUUUAUUGACCACACCACCAGCUCCAGCAUGGGACAAAGAGAGGAAGUUGAAUGUAAUAUUAAUUAUACAGAUGCAUUUGACAACUGCCAAGCUUUUUGUUACACUAUAACUGAAAUAGAAACAUAGUUCCUAGAGUUGCAAUUCCAAUUUCUACUCUGUAAUCCGCUGUACAAUAGCGUGACUCUUGGGUAUAUUUUAUAAUAUUUUAUAUAUUUAAUUAAAUUGGUUUUGUAAGCAGAUUUUUAAUGUGGAUUUGUUGAAUAUAUUAUACCAUACUAUAUUAUGUUAUAAUAUGUUAUAUUAUUCGUUUGUAACCAAUAAAAUGCGUAUUUGUAGUUUCUAACUUUUUCUAAUUUUUAGUGAACAAUUAAAUUUUUUUAUUUGAUAAUUACCAUUAUAUUUUCAGAUAUAAAUUAUUAUUUUUGAGAAGUUUAUUUGGUCUUAAUGCAUUGAUUAUUUUACUAUUAUUGAGUACUACUAUGCAUAUAUUCUGUUUUUGCAGCGAAAUCUCUUAUAGGAGUGCAUUUUUUAAGUUAUAUGUCAAGUUAUUCAGGUUAGAAAAACAUUUUAGUUUAAAUUAGUUUGAAAUAACUUUUAUUUUACAAAAAACAGUAUUUAAAAUAUUUAUAGUAUGAUAUGUUUAAGGUUAAUUGGUAAUGAUAGCUAAUUGUUGGUAAUUAACUAAUCAAAGAUAAUAAAUAAACUGAGCUUGUACCAAUAUUAUAAGACAACCCAAACAUUACAUUUUCAAAUUUUACAUUCCUAACAAUCUUUUAAAAUUGGUGUUUGAAAGCAAUAAUUGUUAUAAAUUUUCACCUGCAAUAUUUGUUUAAGUAAUUCUAACCAUAAAUAUGUAUACCAAAAUCUUUAAAUACUAACAAAUUUUCCACAUCGAGUGAGUAUCAUUUUACCACGCUGUAUUUAAAGACAAUCAGUGUAUAAUUAUUUGAAAUUUGUUGUUCUGGAAUGUUGCAACGAAUGUAAAAUAUAAUUACAUUUUUUAUUGAGUGUGAAAAUCUUUUAGGUGUACACCCUUGUUAAUGUAGAAAUUAAACUGUACAGGUGAAGCAGAUAUUAAUGAUCGUUGAAAAGAGUCUGAGUAUAUUUUGAAUGAACCGUAUAUAUAUAUAGUAAAUCUUGUUAGUUUAUUUAUGAUAAAAAGCAAUCAUAUUGUGGUUACCGAAGUAUUAGUGUGUAAAUCGCUGCCAUUUAUUUCCUAUUGCUCUUCAGUGUGUAUUUUGUUGCACCCCAAUUUUAUUGCUAUCGAAACAAUUGUUUUAUUAUUUCUAAAGUAUUUAACACAUUUUUUAUUAGAGAAUCGUCCAAUUAAUUUCUUUGAACUCUUUAUUUUUCCUGUCAAAUUAUUACUUUCUAGUUUUAUUUUUACCUAGAUUUUUUUUAAUUUUGGUAGCAUUUUGUAGAAAAAUGUAAAAAUCGGUUUUGUAUAAUCCCUGUACAUAGUGAAGAUUUAUAUCUGAAAUAAACAUGUUAUAUCUUUAUAUAA